AUGGUAACCAACACGAUUCGGCAGGAGGACAUCUCCACACCACUCAACUCGGACAAGGUCGACAAUUCUCUGGCAUCCCAACCAACUUUGGUGCGAUGGUACAUUGACACUCGGCGCUGGGACGACAUGGCCCUUAACCUUCCUUUACUCGAGACUCUGACUCAAUCUGACCGAGACGCUGUCCUAAAGUACCACCACUUGUCGGAUAAGCGCAUGUCCCUGGCGUCUCAACUCUUGAAGUACUUCUUUGUCCACCAGGCUACUGGCGCAUCUUGGAAGGAGAUCAUGAUUCGCCGCACUCCCAUGCCCGAGAACCGACCAUACUACGACUCCAGCGUGGAAUUCAAUGUCAGUCAUCAGGCAUCUCUGACUGUCCUUGCAGGGUCGCGUGCACCGGAGAGCAAUACCCUGACUAGCUCCUAUCCACCCCGAGUUGGAAUUGAUAUUGCAUGCGUGGAUGAACCCAAUCGCCGUCGCUCUGAUCGGCCCCCAAAGACCCUUACAGCUCUGGCAUCUUUCGUGGAUAUCUUCACCGAGGUUCUCUCGGCCCGUGAACUGGAGACCAUCAAGAACCCUCGGGCAACUCUCGAACUAGCUCGCAAGCACGGUAUUAAUAAGAGCGAUGCAGGGGGUGACUCGGAAGAAAGCCUGGCUCUCUAUGGUCUGCGCCUUUUCUAUUCGGUCUGGGCUCUGAAAGAGGCAUAUUUGAAAAUGACCGGAGACGGUCUUCUAGCCACUUGGGUGCGUGAUCUACAAUUCUCAAAUGUCAUUCCCCCAGAGCCUGUCUCUAAGCGUGGUGUCACCGAAUACCCUCUAUGCGAACCCAGUCCUGUCGAGCAAACUACUUUCAUUGCUCCAUCGGUUCAGAACUGGGGUGCACCAUACACGGAUAUCCAAAUCAAGCUCAAGGGAAACCCCGUCAAUCAUGUACGCGUCCAACUUUCUGCCUUCGAGUCGGACUUCAUCGUGGCCACUGCCGCGGCCGGGUCUAGCAUUGGUACCGUUUCCAAGCAAGUCCAGAAUGACGGCGAUCACCACUUGCCAGGAUACUUCGAGCUAUCUGAUCAAAAUGGAGCAAAGGAUAUGCGGAUUGCGCCCUCUGCAGUUCGAACAGUCGGCGAGCGGGACCCCUGGCGAGUGCAGUCAGCAAUAAGCGACCCUUGGUUGCCUAUGCAAGAAGUGGACAUUGACCUCGACAUUCGACCCUGUGCUGAGGGCCGCUGUGUUCACUUCCAGAGCCCACAAUCAAUUUUCGCGUAUGCUAAUACACAAACUUUUGAAUCAUCUGGUUAG